UUUGUUGCCUACGACAAUGAAGAUCCAGCUGUGAACGAGUGGGUGCUGACAGAACUGGUAGAAAGGCUGGAAGAUCAGAAAGCCAGGCAGUUCAAUUUAUGCCUGCAAGAAAGGGACUGGCUCCCAGGACAGCCAGUCUUUGAAAACCUUUCCCAGAGCAUUCAGCUGAGCAAAAAGACCAUAUUUGUGCUGACCAACAAGUAUAUUAAAAGCGGCAGCUUCAAGACAACAUUUUACAUGGCCCACCAGCGGCUUCUAGAUGAAAAAGUGGAUGUCAUUAUCUUGAUAUUCCUUGAGAAGGUAUUGCAGAAGUCCCGGUAUGUCCUGCUGAGGAAGAGGCUGUGCAGGAAUUCUGUCUUGGAAUGGCCAACUAACCCUCGGUCUCAGCCCUACUUCUGGCAGUGCCUGAAAAAUGCAAUAGCUACGAGCAAUACCCUGGCCUACAACAAGCUUCUCCAAGAAACUGUUUAGCUCUGCCCUUCCCUGUGAACAUUCUUAUGACGCACGGUGAGCAAAAGAUGACCUAGACUUCAUUCGGAGAAGCUGUUGAAGCAUGGAGGGUAAAUGUAAUUGUGCUAUUGUACCC